CAUGUACAUCCAAUCUGACAAUUUACAUGUUGUGUAAAGAUUAUAAACCUUGCGCUGAUUUACUUUCGACACUUCACAUACAUCCACUAAGGUCACAAUUAUGAAUUUUUAACCAAAAACAGGAAUAAGACAUUGAAGAAUUUCAUAAUAUCUGGAACAAUGGGUCUGUCUAUGCGAGCCAAAUGGAUCUUAAGUGCAGUCGUAGUGGCUAUUGCACUUGUUGCAGUAGUAGUGACGCUGGUUCUGACCCUCAGGACCCCUCCGAUACCUGACAAGGUUGAUCCUCCCGUGACAAUGGCUCCUGAAACUACAUUCCCAGCACCGACCCAUUCACCGACAAUAUUGGGUAACUACAGGUUUGCAGCCGUAGCACCAGAUGCCAUGAAAUAUUGUUCAACAAUAGGAGUGAAUAUAAUGGCAGCAAAAGGUGGUAAUGCAGUGGAUGCUGCCAUAGGAACACUUUUGUGCCAAGGUGUGGCAAACGCUCACAGCAUGGGAGUUGGAGGAGGCCAUUUCUUCACAAUAUAUGACAAGAAGACAGAUACAGUAAAAACUAUAAAUUCACGAGAAAUGGCUCCCGCAGCAGCUGAUGAAAAUAUGUUCGUAGAUGAUAUAUUUGCAGCUCAGAAGGGUCCAUUGGCUAUAGGUGUCCCAGGGGAGAUCAAAGGAUACUGGGAAGCUUACAGUAAUUUUGGGAGUGGUUCUGUUACGUGGAAGGAACUGUUUGAGCCCACCAUUAAAAUGUGUAAAGAGGGCUUUCCAGUGGGCAAGAGUCUUGCCUCUGCAAUCAGACAGUACCGAAAUAGACUCCCUAAUUAUCCAUCAAUCAUGGAGAUCAUGUGGAACAAAGAGGAGAAUCGAUUUCUUGAAGCGGGAGAUAUUAUGAAGAGGGAGAAAUUCGCUGAAACACUGAGGGAAAUCUCAGAAGAUCCUCAUACAUUUUAUAAUGGAAGUUUGGCCACUAAGAUAGCAGAAGAGCUGAAAGAUAUGGGUGCAAUAAUAACUGAGGAGGAUUUAAGGAAUUAUACCAGUGAAAUAAAAGAUCCAUUAGCAAUACACUUGAGCAAUGGGAACAUGACAGUCUAUGGAGUGAGGCCGCCAUCGAGUGGUGUAGUCUUGCAAUAUAUCAUGGGUAUCCUAGAUGGAUAUAACUUCAACUCAGAAAGUUUAAAAGACGAUGAAACAUCCACUACAACAUAUCAUCGUAUAAUAGAAGCUUUUAAAUUCGCAUAUGCUAAACGAACAGAAUUGGGAGAUGAGAAUUUUCUACAACCAGAAAUUGAAGAUCUAAUAAAGAAUUUAACUUCAAAAGAUUAUGCCACAGCUACAAGGCACAAAAUAUGGGACAACCAGACCCAUGAUUUUUUGUACUAUGGGCCAACAUUCUACGACCGUGAGACCACAGGGACAGCUCAUCUUUCAGUGUUGGGCCCCGAUGGAAGUGCCGUUGCUUGUACCAGCACCAUCAACCUCUUUUUUGGUUCAAAUAUGAGGGGUAACAAAACUGGAAUCAUAUAUAACGACGAAAUGGAUGAUUUCGCAACUCCAAAUACCACCAAUGCUUUUGGGAUACCAGCAUCUCCUGCUAACUUUAUUAAGCCUGGAAAGCGUCCCCUGUCAUCAAUGGCUCCCACCAUUGUCCUGGACGCUGACAGAAAUGUGAGGUUAAUAACAGGUGCGGCAGGGGGCACAAGGAUAACUACAGUGACGGCAUACGUAGCUAUGAGGAAUUUAUGGUUUGGCGAGAAUAUAAAGACUUCUAUAGAUUAUCCCAGGAUACACCAUCAACUUUUACCAGAUUAUAUAAGGCAUGAUGCAUCAUUUCCACCGAAACUCCUGAAGGGGCUUGCAGAGAAGGGACACACUAUACGAGACCAGUCCGUCGGGGCAGUUGUAUCUGGGAUCACGCAGGAGGAUGGAUCCGUCUGGGCUAAUUGUGACUACAGAAAAGAUGGUGUCCCUGAUGGUUACUAAAUGGCUUACAAAGAUUAUUUUAAAUCUCACUGCUCACCAAUCUGUCCAGUUACAUGGCAUGCCCUUCAACUCACAACCGAUCACAGACAAAUGAACGUCACACCAUACCGGAUCCUCGGAAAUAAAUAAAUAGUAUACAUAGUAACAAUGGAUUCAAAAUAUGUAUCUGAUAAAAACACCAUUGGGUGUUGUACUUGGUAUAUAUAAAGGACAUUUUAUUGAAAUAUAGAUGUCGUAUUCAUCGAAUCCCUUUGUAUUGAACUAUAACAGAGAAAUCUUAGCUCCGUAAAGCUCACAUUGUAUGACGGGUAGGCUAGGUAAAAAGUUGAUAUGUAAUUUGUUAUGUUAUAUAUAUAUAUUGAAUAAAAGAAUUAUUUAU